GCAGGGACACAGUGAAAAAAAAAAGUUGCUUUACUUCGAUUGCUCUUUUGUUUCUCUUUUAUUUUUCGAGUUUCUUUUGUUAUGUUAUUGCUUCAGCUUCGACCCAUUAAUGGAAUAUCUCAGCUCGCUGUGGGAACUCCAUUCCCACAGAAGAAAUGUGGCAGAAGAACCCUCCUUUUGAGACCACAAGCUGUUCCCUCCAGAACCCAGAGGAUAAUGGAGAGUGUUUCACUGAGUGGAGAAGUUGGUGGUGCUGGUGGAGCAUACUCAUAUCAAGCCUUGAAAAGAUUAGACCAGCUAUGGUCAAGCAUAUGCUUGGCACAAGAAGUUGUUCAAGAACCUCAGCAAGUUGUCUCCACCAUUCCAAGCUUGUUUCGUUCAUCUGAUCUUGCUGACAAAGCAGAAGGCUCAUAUGAUGUGUUAGUCUGUGGAGGCACUCUGGGAAUCUUCAUUGCCACAGCCUUGUGUGCCAGAGGUCUUCGAGUUGCCAUUGUGGAAAGGAAUGUACUAAAAGGGAGAGAGCAGGAAUGGAAUAUAUCAAGAAAGGAGCUUUUGGAACUUGUUGAAGUUGGAAUCCUGGAAGAAGAUGAUAUUGAAAGAGUCACAGCAGUAAAAUUCAAUCCUAAUAGAUGUGGAUUUCAAAGGAAAGGGGAUAUCUGGGUCAACGACAUUCUUAAUCUUGGUGUUUCACCUGUAAAGCUUAUAGAGAUUGUAAAGGAACGUUUUAUCUCCCUUGGUGGAGUCAUUUUUGAGGGUUGCAGCGUCUCUUGCAUUAAUGUAUAUGAGGAUGCAGCAGUCCUGAAACUUUCUGGGGACAAAAUUUUGUCAUCACGUCUUAUAAUUGAUGCCAUGGGGAACUUUUCUCCUGUUGUAAAACAGAUAAGAUGUGGGAAGAAGCCUGAUGGUGUUUGCCUUGUUGUUGGAACCUGUGCUCGUGGCUUUAAAAAUAACUCCACUAGUGAUGUCAUAUUCAGCAGUUCAUCAGUAAGGAAAGUUGGAGAUUCAAAAGCUCAAUAUUUUUGGGAGGCAUUUCCGGCAGGCACGGGUCCUUUGGAUCGUACUACUUAUAUGUUCACUUAUGUAGAACCUCAGCCAGGAUCCCCAAAAUUGGAAGAACUAUUAGAAGAAUACUGGGAUUUAAUGCCAGAAUAUCAGGGUGUUUCAUUUGAGAAUUUAGAGAUACUGAGGGUCAUUUAUGGCAUCUUUCCCACAUAUCGAAAUAGCCCACUACCAGCUGCUUUUAGUAGAGUUUUACAGUUUGGUGAUGCUAGUGGCAUACAGUCACCCGUUUCAUUUGGUGGUUUUGGGAGUUUGACCAGGCACCUUGGGAGACUUUCAGCUGGAAUAUAUGAAGCAAUCAAUGGUGAUUAUCUAGACUCAUACGACUUGUCUCUGCUGAACCCAUACAUGCCCAAUUUGAGUGCUUCAUGGUUGUUCCAAAGAGCAAUGUCAGCAAAGCAACAGUCCAUUGUUCCUGAAGAUUUUAUUAAUGAACUUCUUUACGCCAAUUUUAAUUGUAUGCAGAGGCUAGGGGAUCCAGUGCUACGACCAUUUCUACAGGAUGUUGUACAGUUUGGACCACUUUCCAAGACAUUGGGCCUGGUUAUGUUAACAAAGCCUCAAAUACUCCCAUCCAUAUUCAAACAGGUUGGUGUUCCUGUACUUCUUGACUGGUCUAGACAUUUUCUGAUGCUUGGGUACUAUACCUUUCUAUCGACAUUUGCUGAUCCUAUUGUGAGGCCAUUUUUGAAUACAGUACCAUCCAAGACAAGUUUCCAGUGGAAGCGGCAUCUCGAGGCUUGGAAAUAUGGAGCUGGUCUUGAUUACAAGCUAUAGUAACUACUUUUGCAUAUGAUGCCUACCAUUUACAACCUAGAAAAUAAGGAUGAUGACGUGGCAUUGUUGGUUGUUAAGCCAUAUUUCUUCCUUAAAAUCCUAUUUCAAAAGUGGUGCUUCUCAAGAUUUACUCUUCAUUACAUUCAUUCUUGAUCUUCCAUGUAAACUGGAAUUUUUUCUUCACUUUGACUACCUUCCAUAUGACAAAUGAAAAUCCUGGAAAAUAGACAUGGUUUUAAACAAAUUUUUUA